UAGUGUUGUCAACUAGACAGAUGAUUCAUAUCUAAUAAUAAAGCAAUAAAAAGUUAAUUUUUUGUAGUUUUAGGGUGGUUUUAGCUAAUAAACUCAUUUUCAAAUAUGUUUUCAAGCGGUCCUAAUUACCCAAAACUCAAAACAAACCUUAGAUUAUCAAUAUCAAGAUUAAAAUUGCUCCAGAAAAAGAAAUCAGAGUUAACGGAGAAGUCCAGAAAAGAAAUCGCAGACUACAUAGUAGCAGGGAAGAUCGAAAGGGCCAAGAUCAGAGUAGAAUACAUCAUCAGGGAAGAUUAUCUUGUAGAAGCUUUAGAAGUAGUUGAAAUGUACUGUGAUUUGCUGCUGGCAAGAUUCGGACUUAUUUCAAACAUGAAAGAAUUGGAUGAUGGAAUAGCUGAAGCUGUAUCAAGUCUUAUUUGGGUGGCUCCACGGCUUAUGUCAGAUGUACAGGAAUUGAAAGUCAUUGCUGAUCUUUUGGCAACAAAAUACGGUCCUCAAUAUGCGGAAGCCUGUAGAAUAGAAUCCGUCGAAUCCAUAAGUGCUAAGUUGAAGCACAAGUUGUCAAUUCAAGCUCCCCCAAAACUUCUUGUUGAGAAAUAUAUGAUAGAAAUAGCAAAAUCGUAUAAUGUGCCUUAUGAACCUGAUGCACAGAUUAUGGCUACAGAGAAAGGACACGAUGCACUGUUAAUCGACUUAUCCACAAACAACUUGGGUGGUGGUGGUAUGCCCCAACCUCCAGGAUUUUUUGGCUACCCACAACCACCUCCGCUACCACAAUUUGUAAAUCCCAUGCCGCCCCAACCAUUUACUUACCCGGAUCAGAAAGGUAAAGAACUCAAUAUCGGUCCAACAGCACCCCCUACACCUCCGUUUCCGUAUAAUAUUCCACCAAAUGGAGAAAAAGAAGUUAAUACUGACAUCGGGGAGGAAUUACCAACUUACAGACAUCUUUAUCCAAAUUUCGCUACUCCAAAGAGUGAGGAAAAGGACGAUAAUGCAUCAGGAGACAAUACGGAAAAAACAGAUCAGGAGAAUCCUAAAGACCUGAAUCUAGAUGUUAAUUUAGAGAAUAGCAACACUGCACCAAAACCUGCUCCAAGAUCAAAGCUGAACGACAAAGUCUAUGACCUACCAGAACUUCCAUCAGUACCCAACAUGGACCCGAGCCCCGAAAAAGACGACAUCGACUUCGAUGACCUGUCCAGAAGAUUCAACGAGCUGAAGAAGAAACACUAACCGCUCACACAUUUAUCAAACCAAUUAUUUAACCAGCUCCGCGCUAUGUGAUACGCUUCCUACACUUCUUUGAGAAAAUCACUAUAGCAUUCUAACUUUAAUGAGUUAUAUAGUAGUUUGUAGCGGUGUUAUAUAAGAAGUUGAGCCGCAUAUAUGCCGCUUUAAAGGCUCCCUAACUGAACCUUGUGUCAGUUAUAUAUCCAAUAUAUUUUGUACUAUAGUUUUGUAAAUUUGUUUUGGGACUGGAAGAGAUUUAACUAGUAUUAAAGGUUACGAAUGUGUAACUAGUGGCAAAGUACAGGUUUUACAGGUUUAAUUGAUGUUUGUUAACUAUAGAUCUGCAAAUAUAUUUUUUGAAUUAUUAAUUUAUGUUGAAUAAAAAUAUAGUGAAGGGAUACAUGGCCUAGUCUAGUAGGACCUAUGUGCGAAGUCACCUACUGUGUUUAUACAAGAAACUUAAUCUAAAUAUCUUUUUUGUCGUUAAUAUCUUAUAAGGAGUGAUUUGAUAGUACUGUAGCUAGCGCAUUUAUAAAAACAUUUCGUAAAACAUAACACAUUCUGUUUUAGUCAAAGACGGAUGAUUUGUAGUUUAUGUGCAAGUGUUGCUGUGGUUAUGGAGCCCACGUUACACUAUGUUGUGACCUUGAGAUCAUACUAUGACAAGAGCAGAAGUCAACAACACAAAGAUAGAAAUAGCACCACGUGAAACGAAGAUAAUAAUACACAUGUUUUACUUGUUUAUAUACAAUCGCGACAGCCUUACUAUGACAUUACCAGAAAUUGUUAUCAUAAUAAUUAUUAUUAAUAACUGUUAUCAUAAGGUUUGCAUUAUAUUUGCCGUUAUGUCUAUAUUUAUAUUUUCCACUGAAAAAGUAUUUCAAGCGCAUCCAAAACAUGAAUUGCUCGAUCAUUCGCUUAUGCCUUCUUUGUGAACAAUUCUUUGACAUUGAAAUGUCACAAUUAAGUUUUGUUAAAUUGCUUGUUUCCAUCAGUGUAAUUUCUGUCACAUGAUCGCCAUUCAUCGACCAUAUCGCAGACUUGUUCUUGUAGAUUCAGAGAUCUUUUUAUGUUAAAAGAGUAUUAAAAGUUAAAAUUCAUAAUUAACCUGGCAAACCUACAGCCAAUAUAAUUGUUGGUCAUUUUAUAAACUUCAAUUUUAUCGAUAAAACAUUGUAUAUCUUAUAUUUUUAAUAUGUAUAUUUCUUGUAGCAAAAUAAAAAAAAUAACCAAAAUAUAAUAAA